UUUGACCCCCCUCUUGACUCCCUCUCCCUCUCCCCCUCCCCCUCAGUCUCACCAGCCGCUGCUGCUGCUGCUGCUGCAGCGGAGGACCCAUUUCUAACGUCCGGCGGACCCCUUUCGAGAAGCUCCUCCUGGUGAUCUUCCAUCGACACGCAGGGAGAAGAGAGGGUGAGAGAGAGAGAGAGAGAGAGAGAGAGCGCGAGCGCGAUUCGAGGGUAGCCCCAUCAAUGGCGUCGUCCGACCACAUGGCGAGCGUUGACCCGACGUGGAUCUUCUCUCGCCCCAGCUUCAUCGACCCCUGGUUCACCGAAGCCUACUCCCGCGACACCGAGACCCUCACCAAAGCCCUCCAGAAAUCCAUCUCCUCCUCCGCCGCCACCGCCACGGCCACCACCUCCAACAACUCCAACAACUCCUCCGACACCCUCACCCCGGACGUCGUCUCCCCCUUCCUCAAACACCUCCCCGAGCCCGCCCCUUCUACCCCCGCCGCCGCCGCCGCCGCUCCCAGCUGGGGGUCCUCAGACCAGGAGGCCGCGGCGUCGAAGCAGCGGCAGCGGGCCUCCGUCCCCGGCGCGUCGGGGAAGGUCUCGAAGCGGAAGUCGCGCGCCUCGAAGCGGUCCCAGACCACCUACAUAAACGCCGACCCGGCCAACUUCCGCCAGAUGGUGCAGCAGGUGACCGGCGCCAGGUUCGUCGGCGCGGGGCUCCAGGUGUCGGCCCCGAUCCUCAAGCCGGAGCCGCAGAGGCUCGGCGGGGCCCGCCUGGUCGCCGCCGCCGCCGCGAGCGGGUGCUUGCCGACCCUCGACACGUCGGCGUUCUUGCUGGACCACCACGCCGCGGGCCACCACAACCAGCAGCAGCAGCAGCAGCAGGAGAUGUCCGCCGCGCGCGGCGAGGCGCCGGGACCCCUGUCAUUUUUGGAGGCGGCGGACGUGGCCUGCGGCGGCGGCGGCGGCUCCGUCUCCGGCGGCUACGAUUUCGGGUCGUUCGCCGGGUUUCCCACUCUAGAGUCGUGGAGCGCUAGCGCCAUGUGACGGAUCAAUUUUAGCUCCCUCCUUUUUUUUUUUUAUAUUUUAUUUUUGUCAUCCUUCCUUCUUUCUUUCUUUUUUCCAAAUUGCCCCCUGUUUUGUGAUGCUGCGUAUGGGAUCGUACGUCGGAGUUCUUGUAAUUGUUGCAGCAGACAUCGGGGUGGCAUGAUCGGGUCGGGUCGGGUCGGAUCUGUUGAUAGUUAUGGUAUAUCAUAGUCCUCUUCAUUUCUUCGAA